AUGCUCAAAUCGUUUAAGUCCGUCUACGAUCUGAACUACACGGGCCGCAAUUACGACGUUUUAGAGGAAAUGAACGGAUGCCGCAUGGGUUACAUAGAGAAGGAGAAGCUCGAGUCGGCUAGCACUCAACAAAUAGCCCCACCAAAAUGCACGGUGCCCAAAGCCAAGAUCAGUUCGAUAAAAGAUGUUUUGCACGAGCCGGAUAACCUGACUACUGCAGAGAAGGUUGUCUUAUUGAAGGCCAAGGCGCAAAAGGCACGUGAAGAGUUGAAAAGGAUGGAAGCAACUCGUGACUAUUAUAUCCGUAAGCUGAAGUACGUUGAGCAGCUAUGCAAUUUAUUUGAAUCGCCAUCGCAGCAGCGCCAAUUAAUCGAUGCUGUGACCAAAACUCUUGCCGAAAUUGUCAUGGCUGCCAACCGCGACGAAGAGCAAUAA